AUGGCUUUGUUCGGGCUUUUGAUUAAUCUGAUGAUGAUGGCUUUGAUAGUCCGGACAGGAGCUCGUGAGCUAGCUGCAGUGGAGGAGGCUCGUCAGAUAACAGACAUAACGCACUCUCUUCGACAAGAUUUACCCGUGUGGGAUUCCAAGGAGGGACUCGGAAAGGUUGUAAGUCUCGUCGCAAGUAUCGCCAAUGGAUCCCUUGUCAAUGUCUCGGAACUCCAGCUCAUCGUGCACACUGGAACACAUGUUGAUUCGCCAAGCCAUUUUCUCCAGAAGGAUUUCCUGAAUGGAGUCGACACCACCAACAGUCUCAAGCUUGACAUCCUCACUGGACUUGUGCUUGUGGUGGAGACGCCGAAGGAUCAAAACAUAACAGCCGAGGUUGUCAAGAACGUCGUCCCCCCUGGAGUUGAGCGCGUGCUAUUCAGAACACUGAAUACAGAACGGUUAGCUCUCCAAGAAAAUGAAUUGAGAGGAGAAUCUGAUAGUAAGCUAUAA